GCGCAGUCCGCCGUCUCCCCAGUCCUCCCACGCAGGACUCGCCCACCAACAUGCCCCCCAGGCCCCAGAUUCUGUCUCUGCUUCAAUGGCAGGGGGCAGCUGCUCUUUCGAAGCCCACCGCAGCGGCUUCUCCGUUGUCAUUCCUCCUCCCUCAAUUCCAGCAGCAACAAAGCCGCAACGCUCACAUCUUGGCCUCGCUCUCCGAUAACCCGGGCGCCUACAACAAGAGGAUCAGAAGAGGUCGCGGUCCCGCCUCCGGUAAGGGUAAGACCUCCGGAAGAGGUCACAAGGGUCAGAAGCAGCACGGUAAAGUGCCCACGGGGUUCGCGGGUGGUCAGACGCCUGAUAUCGUGGUCCAUGGUGAACGGGGGUUUAACAAUGUCCACUCCAUCAACCUCGCGACUGUCAACCUCGAGCGCAUCCAGGAAUGGAUUGACCAAGGCCGAAUCGAUCCCGCCCGGCCCAUCACGGUCCGUGAACUGGCUCAAUCGCGCUGCAUCCACCAGCCCAAAGAAGGCGUUAAAGUGCUGAGCAGCGGCUCCAUCACCUCUUCCUCCGAGACCGAGACCACCGAACCCUCCUCCACCCAGCCCGAAACCUCCGCCCCCGUCCUCAAACAGCCCAUCCACCUCGUCGUCUCGCGCGCCUCGGCGUCCGCCAUCUCCGCCGUCGAAGCCGCCGGCGGCUCCGUGACGUCCCGCUUCUACACGCGGACCGCGAUUGCGCGCAUCAUGAGACGCGAGAUGCACCCGUUCGUGUCGAUGGCGUGGACCGCUGAGUCCGGCACCGAGGGACUCAACCAGGCCGAGGGCCUCGCCGCCGAGGACAAGCUGACCGAGUCGAAGAUCAUGAAGGAGAUGGGUUUCCGGUACCGGCUGCCUGACCCCACGAAGCGUCGCGAUAUCGAGUACUACCGUGACCCUGCGCACCGCGGCUAUCUGAGCCACUUGUUGAAGCCGAUGGAGGGACCCAGUCUGUUCUUCCGCUCGCCGGCGGAGAGAAAGUCUUCGGCUGGUGUCAAGAAGGAGAAGGUGUUGCCUGUCAACCGGGUUUGGUAAACAUGACGGGCCUUGGUUGGCAUUGGAGGAGAUUUUGUGUAUUUUUCUUCCUCCCCUCAUCCGUGGGACGUUUUCUUGUGGGUCUCUGGGUGUAUGUGGAAAGAACUACGUGUAUAAAUAUUGUUUGGCUUAGGUACAGUACAUGAAUGUAAGUGAUUUCGCG